AUGGCCAAAUCUGUUACUGUAUACGAGAAGCCAACGCCUCAUCUUGGUCUACCAGAUUGGUAUGCAAAGCAAUGGGAACUUGAAGAAUCUGCAAGUAAUCGUAUAAAUAAUUCUUUUGAGCUUCGAAAUACUGGGCGUACUUUACGAAAUGAAACCAAAAUUAAAACAGAGUGGGAUACUUUGUUAAACAGCACAAGGUUGGAUGAUAGGGUAAAAGAACUUUCAACAUGGGAAGAAAUUUUAGCAAAAUUAUUUAAGGAACUCUCGGUAGAAAAAAAACGACUACGAGAAGCAAGAGCUGAGGCUGAAAAAGACCUAGAGAAUAUUGAACAUCCACUUAAAGUUGCAGCUGAGUGUAUUUCUAUGAGAGAUUGUCGUAGAGGUAGCGAGUUGACUUACGAUGAACCUGAUACUGAGGUUAAAAAAGAGCUUACGGUAAUAGAAGCAUUGAAAAAAAACUUGACAGAAAAAGUCCAAGCAGCUUGGGAAAAAUUAAAUCGGCUUAAACAGGUUGAGUUUGAAGUUAAUUUGGAUCUAACAGACAAAUCCGAGGCCAUUGGAAUUGACAAAGACAAUACUAAUCUUAAUCGAAAUUCAGCUAUUGUCAGUUACAAGCCAAAUGCUUUGAGGAUUCCUAAAGACGCUAAAACAUACGACACUUGGUUAAAACAUUGUCAUCAUAUUAAACUCUUGGCUGAAAAUGAAUUAAAAGAUACUCAUACCUUUCGCGAUAUAAUGAUUGCUAUGCAAAAACGUGCAAAAAAUGAUAUAGCGGCUCAGCAAGAUGCUACUGAUUAUGCAUUGAGAAAAAGAAUUCACCAAACUCAAAAAUCACGCAAUCAAAUGGAAUGGCAAAAGAGAAAAGUUGAAAAAGAAAUGGAAUCGCUGAUUAAAGAAAUACUUAGACUUGAACACGCACUUAGAGAUAAAGUAGAGAUUGUUAAAUGCGCUGAAACAAGAUUGGAAAAUCGGACUUAUCGUCCUGGUUAUGAAUUAUGUAGAGAUGAGCCUGAAUUCGGGCUCAAAGAUCAAGUACUCCAGCUUCGCCAGACAAAAAAACAAUUGCUUGAAAAGAUAAAUACUUUAAAGGCUACAUUUAAUGGAUUGGAACAACUGCUUAUUAAAAUAGACAGAAACUUGGAUGAUAAACAACACUCGUUGAUGACUGACAUAAAAUGCUUAGACAUUAGAUCGUCACUGAAGACGGGAAAUCGUGCACCAUUGAUUAAUGAAACUGAUCGAAACAUUGCUCUGGCUAAUUUAGAUGAUGAAAUCCCUUUUGAGUGA